UCCAACGGCGGGCGCGGCGCCGAGCCUGCAGGGAAGGGGCGCGGAGCGGUGAGGCCUGACGGCUGCCCGGUCCGGGCCAGGCCUGAGCACCUGCGGCCGGCCGCACUGUCCUGGCCAUGUCGGAGCCUCUGCCCGCCUUCCUCGACCGGUUUUGGGGGCCGUGGCUGGGCACCCGCAGCCCGCCCAGCCGGAGCCCCGCGGCCUCGCCUUCCAGGAGUUUUCUUGGAGGCUUUUUUGGUCCCAUUUGUGAGAUCGAUGUUGCCCUUAAUGAUGGGGAGACCAGGAAAAUGGCAGAAAUGAAAACUGAAGAUGGCAAAGUGGAAAAACACUAUCUCUUUUAUGACGGAGAAUCGGUUUCGGGAAAGGUAAACCUAGCCUUUAAGCAGCCUGGAAAGAGGCUAGAACAUCAAGGAAUUAGAAUUGAAUUUGUAGGUCAAAUUGAACUUUUCAAUGACAAGAGUAAUACUCAUGAAUUUGUAAACCUAGUGAAAGAACUAGCCUUACCCGGAGAACUGACUCAGAGCAGAAGUUAUGAUUUUGAAUUUAUGCAAGUUGAAAAGCCAUAUGAGUCAUACAUCGGUGCCAAUGUCCGCCUGAGGUAUUUUCUCAAGGUGACCAUUGUGAGAAGGCUGACAGACUUAGUGAAAGAGUACGAUCUUAUUGUUCACCAGCUCGCUACCUAUCCUGACGUCAACAACUCUAUUAAGAUGGAAGUGGGCAUUGAAGACUGUCUGCACAUAGAGUUUGAAUAUAAUAAGUCCAAGUAUCAUUUAAAGGAUGUGAUUGUUGGAAAAAUUUACUUCUUAUUAGUAAGAAUAAAAAUACAACACAUGGAGUUACAACUGAUCAAGAAAGAGAUCACAGGAAUUGGACCCAGCACCACAACAGAAACAGAAACAAUUGCUAAAUAUGAAAUAAUGGAUGGUGCGCCAGUAAAAGGAGAAUCUAUUCCGAUAAGGCUGUUCUUAGCAGGGUAUGACCCAACUCCCACAAUGAGAGACGUGAACAAGAAGUUUUCCGUAAGGUACUUUUUGAACCUCGUGCUGGUUGAUGAGGAAGACAGACGGUACUUCAAGCAGCAGGAGAUCAUCCUGUGGAGAAAAGCACCUGAAAAACUGAGAAAACAGAGGACGAACUUUCACCAGCGAUUUGAAUCUCCGGAAUCACAGGCAUCUGUGGAACAGCCCGAGAUGUAAGCAGAAUGGGACAAAGCAGCAGGAACAAGAACUGUAGCUGAGAGGUGACGCUCAGUGGGCUAGAGCCGGUCACAGCCAGGAAAGUCCAACUCUGUCUGCUAGUCUUCCUCAUCCUCAAGUGCUGCAUUAUCUUACAGUAUGAUUAGAGGUUCUUUGUGUAUAUCAGUUUUAAAAAGUGCUUUCUUGGAAACACUGGAGAAUUCUUAAGCUGCCUUUUUUGUUUUCUUUUUUACUGCACACUGAUAAGUACUCAGAUGCAUCAGCAUAAGCAUUAAGGAUUUUCAUGUGAGUAGGCUGGUAUUUGUAAUUUUGUUUUCUUUAUGCAUAAUGUUGAAAAUCCUUUUCUCUUUUUUCAUGCUAAUGAUUACCUCUUAUUCUCUAUGUGCAAAAAAUUAAAUAUUUUUUUUGUUCAAGUAAAAUGAGAAAACCUGAGCAGCCCUUAUGUCCUGCAAAGUUUUAAGGCACGGCUCCUCAGUAUUUUUGAGAAUUGUUUUUACAUGUAUAUCAGAAACCAACCUGGUGUUGCAUGGUAGGUGCUUCUGGAUCUACCAUUUCACGGCCUCCUGAAUUUUAAUGGGGUCUUCUGAGAUAUAUUAAAACUUUCCAACAAGGGAUUACAUGGCAUGUCGUUGUGGCCCUCUUCCCCCAUUAACCUUUUUUGCUAUUACUUUCUGUAUCACUAUGUAGGUUCUGCAGUGUGGGGUUGACAUGUUGGCAUUUUAGAAUACCUUAAACCUGUAUCAUUUUUCCAUAAAUACUUUGAAACAUGUAUAUAUAUAUUUUAAUUUAAGGACUCUUUGCCAUGUGUAUGCAAUUAUCCAUUUGGGGAUGAGAGGGCUCCAGAGGACCCAUGAAGCAUAUGUAAGUGUCCAGAUCUGGACAGUUUCUCGUUAACUGGAACAUUGGCAAGUUCAAACUCAUUUAAAUGUCACCUAGUCUAUUUAAAAACAAACAAA